AUGCUUUCUCUGCUAGUAUUCUCUCUUGGAGUUUCGAUUCCACUUUCAGUUUUUGCUGGUACUCCCAAUCAAGCAGAUUAUCCACCCAUGGAUAAGCUUGCUCCUGCCAACGCUGCUUGGGGUUCCAAUGUUUUAUCAAAUGUGCCAUCAAUUCCUGUCGGUACUGUUCCAUUGACUGUGACGGACUGGUCCAAAGAUGUUACUACGUGUCCUCAACAAAAUCAAUGGGGACUGACAUAUGACGAUGGACCUGGCCCAUUGACUGACGAUCUUCUUGGCGAACUUGCCAAGCGAAAGACAACAGCAACGUUUUUUGUUAUUGGAUCUCGUGUGCUGGAACGACCAGAUGUUUUAUUAAGAACAUACCAAGCAGGACACCAUAUCGGCAUUCAUACAUGGAGUCAUCCAUAUCUGUCGACUGUAUCAAAUGAGCAAAUCAUUGCUGAAAUCACUUAUACUAUCAUGGCAGUCAAGACCGUGAUUGGAGUUACGCCUGCGUUUGUGCGUCCUCCCUAUGGUGAUAUUGAUGAUCGUGUACGUACAGUACUAACCAACUUGGGACUCACGAUUGUCGAGUGGAAUGUGGAUCCACAAGAUACCGCAGCACGCGGAGAUGUUGCACAACAGUUUGCUACUAAAGCUAAUGCUGGUAGUGCAGGUGUCAUUUCACUUGAACACGACAUGUUUCAAACUACUGAACCACAGGCAGCAGCAGCACUUGAUGCUAUUAUGGCAGGAUCGGGAGGUUACAAACCCAUGCCAGUUGCUGAAUGUCUGGGAAAGAAUCCAUACGAUGAAGGAUUUUGGACAAAACUCGGCAUCUCCGCUCCAGAUGGAGGAUCUGUCAAUUCGACCACAACAUCCUCAAAUACCACCAUUUCAUCUACAUCUCAAAUUCCCAUCAAUGGCACGACAUCUUCAAAUACCACCAUUCCAUCCACAUCCCAAACUUCAAUCAAUGGUACAAUAUCCUCAAAUACUACCAUUCCAUCUACACCCCCGACUUCUAUCAAUGGUACCACAAACUCUACAUUGAAUGCUACUCGAUCCACUAUUAAUCCUACAUCUAGUCCUACCAGCAGAGUUGUUGUUCCCGCUUCAUCAUUCAACGCUGGAUUUUCCAAGCAUUCCAUCAAUGCCGCUGUAUAUUUAACCUCGGUCAUUAUGGGUGCUUUGAUACUUGUGUAA